GACCCCCCCCCGGCACCGGCAGGGCCGACAUGGACGAUUCGGGAGUGAUCCGGCGGCGGCGGCUGCAGAAGGAGCUGCCGCUGCCUCGGAAGAGCAGCAGCUGCCGCACGAGCAACCGGAAGAGCCUGAUCCUGACCAGCACCUCCCCCACCCUCCGCGGCCCCACUCGCCGCUGCCCGGACACAUCGGGAGCAGCCCCCUGGACAGCCCCCGCAACUUCUCACCCAGCGCCCCCGCGCACUUCUCCUUCGCCUCCUCCCGCAGUGAGUGACCCCAAUGUCCAGGAGUGA